AUGGGUAAAACUAAUAUUAAUACUCUUAUUGGAAAUAACGAAAAUAUUGGUUCAGUUGCUGGUCCAAAUCAAGCAACAUGUUCAAACAAUGGUUGUACAAGAAUAGAAAAGCAAUGCUCUCUUUGGCAACUAAUUACAUUCAGAAAAUGUCCUCUUAUAUAUUAUGAUUGUCAAAAUAAUAUUUUAUCACAAAUCAAUAAUCAACAGUUACUUACAAGUGGAUAUCUUUUUAAUCAAUUCAAUGAAAAUAAUGAGCCAGUAAAUAAACCAACAAAUGUUGAAAAAUGUUCUCAUGGUGGAGUAAUGGAUGAUUCAGCACAUGUACCAGCUAUUGGUGGAAUUAAUAAAGAUUCUAAUACUUUGAUCCUUUCACCUCAUUCGAAUCUUCAUUUUAAUGCAGUUGAUUUAGCUGUGAAUGCGACUGAAGAAUUUUUCAAUAAUCUACGCAAAGACCUUGGAGAUGAAAAUUUCAACCGACUUUUUAUCAUCAAUCCAACACAAACACAAUCUCAAACUGCAUCAAAUGCAGUUAAAAAUGGCAAACGAUUUCGAUUUUUUACAUCAUUUCUUUCAGUUAGUUUGAAACAAGGUGAUGGUCUUCUUGCGGAUCUAAAAAAUUGGAUCACAAAACGUAUUAAUAUGAUUAAAUCAAUACUAACUGGUUUAUUGUUUGGUCAAAAUACUCUUGAUAUACCAACAUAUGAUUUAAGUGACCUAGGAGUUAAUGUUAAAGAUGUGAAUAAUUUUCGUGCAGCACCUUAUAUUCUCGAAAGUGGCAACAUCGGACGCAAGAAACGUUUUAUUCAUGUUCUUCGUAAUCGUCAAUAG